AGCAAGUUCAGCCCGCCGAGAACGCCAGUCAAGUCGGUUUGUUAUGCAUUUUCAUCUCCAACUUGAACAACAGGCUGGCAGAGGCACCAUGUCCGGCAGACCGCGGCGAGCAGCAGCAGCUCCUUCGCGCCACCCAGUUCCCGCCGACGCCGUUGACUUCAAAGAUGCGGACCCCGAGUUUCUGGCUCUCAGCCUCAAGCAGCGACGAUCAAUUGAUAGAGCAUUUGAAAAAGGUGUCAGAACAACAAAAGGUGAUGAUAAGAGAAAAAGACGGAAAAUUGCGAAUGGAAAAGCGGUGGACGUCUCGGACGCUGAAGACGGUGGUAUUGUAGAUGAAAGUGGCGGGGAAGCGCUCAUGGAGGAAGGUGGUGGCAGAGUGCCUUUUUCACAGGAUACUGAUGGAGGAUUCGUAGCGGAAGAUGAUGGAGGGGGAUUUGUCAUGGAUGAUCACGCUGGAGGAUUUGUCCCCGACAACGAUCAAGGCGGAUUCCUUCCCGAUGACGAUGCUGGCGGUUUCGUCACCGACAACGGAUAUCAAGACCGCGUUGUAUCAGAACCUUUAAAAAUUUCGAAGCACCAUUCGUCCUCCCAUUAUUCGCCACAGACAGCCACCAGGCUUGUUCCUCUCUAUCUUCUGCCCACCCUGUUGACCUCCCUUGGGCUUCCUUCAGACGAGGAUGUGCUCCAAGUCUUCCGUGCCUCCGCGAUGGGAUGGGAUGAAAGUAGCGAUAAGCACAGUCUAGAUAAAGAAGACGCAGUCGGGGUAGAACUUAAAGACUUCAGAGCGGUGUGCGCAGCACUUAUGGAUCCAGAUGAUGGAGAAGAAAGGGAAAAUGUGGAAUUGGGUAGUGACGACGGCGAUGAUGAUGAAGAUGCCUUCCAGCCUUCCGACGCCGAGUCUGUCCUGACCUCAUUAUCGCAGUCCUCAUAUGGAGGUACGCCUAGUAAAAGCUGCUCCAAGAAGGCAGGAAACAAGUCACGGAAAACGUGGGCAAAAGGCAAGGGUACGAUCGAGGGCCAGAUAAAUCUUUCCUCAAAUCAGAGGGCGAUGGUCAAAGAUAUCUGGGAUAUGCUUAAACCUUCAGAGAAACAGAAGAAGUUUGGGGCGGAUAUUUUAGGGCGAAACGAAGUGAAAGAGCUGGUCAGGAAGCUCGGUGAGAUGUGGAGUGAUGAAGAGGUCACGGACAUGGUGACGCUUUUCUCAAGUCAACAUGAGGGCAGAGGACUUACUUUUGAAGAUUUUGGAAGAGUGAUGCUUCGGGCUGGCCUUGUCUGAGAAACAUGGUGGGGUGAAAGUUGUAAAGACGUAUCAUUUGGGUAUAUGUUGUAUCGGGGUAUCAAACAGUACAUGGUUCGUCAAGUCAUAUCUAGAAAUUGCGAAUGUUACACACAUUUCUUGU